AUGGCCAAGGGCAAGAACAAGGACGCCGAGUCCCGAGGGAAGCCUGUGAAGCAUGCUGGUAAGCAUAGCAGACGCACGGAGACGAAGCAGUACACUGCGAAGAACGACAAGUUCCACACUAAGCUGGCGAUGUGGGACUUUGACCAUUGUGAUCCAAAGCGUUGUUCAGGCAAGAAGCUGGAGAGGCUGGGGCUGAUCAAGAACAUGCGUGUGGGCCAGAAGUUCCAAGGUAUAGUUGUUUCACCGAAUGGACAAGGUGUUGUGUGUCCCAAUGACCUGGAGGUUGUUGAGCAGAACGGAGUGGCAGUGGUGGAGUGUUCGUGGGCCAGGCUGGACGAGAUUCCGUUCAAUAAGAUCGGCGGCAAACAUGAGAGGCUAUUGCCCUACCUCGUAGCUGCCAACCAGGUGAACUACGGAAGACCGUGGAAGUUGAACUGUGUUGAGGCCAUUGCCGCCUGCCUGGCGAUUGUAGGACAUGUUGACUGGGCAGAGGACCUUCUGAGCAACUUUUCAUGGGGGUUAGCGUUUUUGGAGAUCAACAAGGAGCUGCUGGAGUUGUACCAGCAGUGCACGGACUCUGCGAGUGUAAAGAAAGUGGAGGAAGAGUGGCUGGAGAAGUUGCAAGAGGAGGUUAGGCAGAGGAAGAUGCACAACAAAGAUGAGGAUAUAUGGGAAAUGGGCAACGUUAAUCGCAGAUACAGUAGCGAUGAUGAUGAUGAGGAGGAGGAGGAGGAGGAAGAAGAAGAGGAUGGAGAGAACAGCGAGGUGCAAUAUGACUCUUUGGGGAACAUAAUAGAGAGGGAGCCAAAGUAUGAUUCAUUGGGGAACAUAAUAGUGAACGAGAGUGAAGAGGAGGAGGAGGAGGAGGAAGACCAAGUACUUCCUGAGUCCUUGGAGGGCUUACAAAUCGCACAAUGA